AUGCAGGAAGGAAAACAGAUGGAUUUCUGUUGGGAUCCCUGGCAGAGGUGCUUCAAGACCUCCAACCUCAUCCUCUCGGAGUCCCAAUCCUGCUCUGGCAACUACAAUGUGGCCGCGCUGGCAACCUCCUCCUUGGUGGGGGUCGUCCAGAGCAUCAAGGACCACAUCACCAAGCCCACGGCCAUGGCUCGGGGCCGCGUUGCCCACCUCAUCGAGUGGAAGGGCUGGAGCGCCUCUGGAGCGGGUGACCCCUCGCUGGCUGAGGAAGAACACUACUGUCACCUUCCCGAUGAGCUGCGGGAGGCCCGCUUUGCAGCAGGGGUGGCCGAGCAGUUUGCCAUCACAGAAGCCACACUGAGCGCCUGGUCCUCGCUGGAUGAUGACUCGAUGCUCUACGGGGACCGCUACGGAGACCACUACGGGGACCAUUCCCAGGAUGCCAUUCAGCUUCAAGACCUGGAGAACAACUUCCUGCAAGACAGCCUGCAGCGUGCCACCCGGAGGGAGGAUAACUCCACCCUACACAGCAGCCUACAGGCCUUCUCCUCUUCCCUCACCUCCCCACUCCCCCAGGCCCACGCUUUGACUGGGGAAUGGGACUUGUGUGCCAGGGGGCCCCGGUGGGGCCUGGAGCACCAGAGAUCCCAGCCAGAGGGUCUGGAGAAGCAGGAAUGGCAGUCAGAGUCCGCCCUCCCCUGGCCCGCAUGGACAGUGGUGACGUCCAGCUCCACUGACCCAGCUUCCUCCGCUACGUGGACAGCAGUUCCCUCUCGGAGGAUGAAGUGUUCUAUAACUGAGGCCCGGGGCACAGGGGGAGGGGCAGUAGGGUAAUGAAGGUGGGAUCCCACCCAGGGGCCUGGAAAGGCCAGCGGGGCUGACUAGCUGGGGUCUGGGACCUAGUCGUGGUGCCUCCAACUAGAGCCGUGUCCCGGGGCUCCAGCACGGGAGUGCUGCAUGCCAGCGGGAACCCCUCCUGGCCUGCCAGGUAGUGAGUGGGGAUCCAUGUCUGGGCAGUACCUCAGUUACCCCAAUCCUCUGGCUCGGGACAAGGAAAACCCCUAUGAGGGGGUCUGGUCUUGCCUUCUGGACCCAGAAGACCACACGAGUCCCUUGCCUUCUCUAAGGAAGAUGGGAAGAAGGGCAAGCAGGGAACAGGAUGGGAAUUCCAAAGUUCCUGGUAAUCGGUGCCUCAGUUUACCCCCCAGAUCAUGAGAGUCAAGCUCUCUCCUCCACCCCUUUGUCCCAGGAGUGGAGGUGAAGGGAAGCAGGAUUUGUGAGCCACCCCCCACAGCUCCCCAUGUUCCUCUCUCCAGGAGUGGAGGGUUAAGGGAAGCAGGAUUUGUGAGCUGCCCCUCCCAGCUCUCUAUUUUCCUUCCCUCUCCCUAUGGGUGCUCUUACCCCUCCCCACUUUGAUGCCACGAAGAGGAGUCACUAAACAGAGCCUCUCUUACACUCGGGAUUUUGCCCCGGCACAAACCUUCCCUGCCAGAUGCUGUUUAACAGCCAGUGACUGGGGCAUAGGGGUCACUGGGAGCCCACUCUCCUGGAUCCCAUGCCUGACUCUGUCCCUGCAGCUGGCAGGUUUUCCGGGAGAGACUUCUCCCCUGCCUCACCCUGUGACUCCUGUCUCCAAAAUGCCCCCCACACAUCCCGGGUAGUUGAGACCCUCCCUCCCUCUCCAUGACACUUCACUGUGACCGUCCGUCCAUCUGUCCCUGCCCUCCCUCUCUGAAAGCGCCUCCUUGGUCUCCCGAGGUCUGUACACGUUACACGUGGCUCCCACCCCCCUACCCUUACCAUGACCCGCUGACCACUCGGCUGGGGCCUGGGGUGAGUAGUCCCUGCUCCUGCUCACGGCGGUGUCUCCCUCCCUUCCCCUUGAUGUUCUCUGAAGACAUUAAAGUGGCUGGUGGAUUAA